AUGGCAAUUUGGCCGACUACCAACACUGAACGCGAUUGCACGGAACAGCUGAAAACUGGAUCAGAUCUGCUGGAAGUAAAAAAAGUUGAAGAUAUUAGCCUGCUGAAGUGUAUCUUUCUAAUUAAAGCGAUCAUGUCCAAUGGCCUUUCCAAUGGCUGGACGAUAAAGAGAAUUGAUUCAGUUUUUACGGAUCCGAAUGGGGAUAUAUUUUACUACAUCCAGUUCAAAGGCCAAACAAAGUUGGAAAAAAUGCCAGCGGAAAAAAUCAUGCGGAUAGUUCCCGACAUGGUAAUAGAUUUCUACAUGGACCGCCUAUCCUCUUGCCCAAAAAGCAAAACGACGCGAAAGAGGAAAGCUGAAGAGGAAUGA